GUUUGGGGAAUAUAUUUGUGCGAAAACAGGCUAUUUCGUGGAUUUGAGGCUAAACAAAAUGUGAUACUGCCUACACUAAAUAAGGCCUAAACAUGGAUAAAUCCAGUGUUUAUGAAAAAUUCACUGGCUAUGUGGAACAACUGCGCAACACGGAAUGCAGCCAGAAGCAGAAGAUUGGCUGCUUUCAGCACAUUGCGGAGUGCAUCAUGUCACCAGCAAUGGCGGGGCACAUCAACUAUUCCGCCCAUUGUGGCACUGCCACCAAUGUGUUAUUGCUGUUCUGUGAGGAUCUGGAUUCGGUGGUGCGCAUGAGUGCCGAAGAGAACCUAAACAAAAUAUUUCGUGCUUUGGAGAAGACGCGUGUCAGUCGAAUCCUUAUGGAUUUGUAUGGCGAGAUCAAACGUAAUGGAAAUCAACGAUCGUUGCGCAUCUGCUUGAAUCUGUUCUCGUACUAUGCACCACAAAUCAAAGAGAAGCAUAUAAAGUGGUACGCUGUGCGCCUCUUGCAAUGCAUGUCCAUCAUUUCGCAGCGCAAGGAGACGCUGCUACAGGAGACGCUCUGUGAUUUUGUCAAGCACUUUGGCCGCUAUGUGCAGCAAGGACUGAACGACAGCGAAACGUGCAAAAUAUUCGAGAUAUUCCUAUCCAAUGUAAGUGCCGAUUGUGCUGUCAAACGUCGCUGCUCUGCCCAGAAUUGCAUCAGUUUGAUUGAGCAUGCGCGCAAUAAGAGUCUGAUGGCCAAACAUGGACUGAACAAAAUAAUUGAUCUACUGCUAACCGAUCAGCAAACAAAUGCCGUGCUUGGUGCAUUGGGUCUGCUCCGAUUGUUACUUCCACAACUCAUACGAGGCUAUAGUGCUGAUUACAAUGAUGAUGGCGACUCCUUGGCCAGCGGAGCGAAGCAAAGAAGUACAACAACAUCAGCUGCGGGAGCAGGAGAAGGAGCAACAACUGCGCCGGAUUGCCGGAAAAUUAUUGAAAUUUAUGAUUAUUGUUUGCACCUGCUGAGCACGCAGCAUACAGCGAAUCACGCCAUUAUAAAUGCCGCACUGGAGACCAUCAAUGCCAUACUUCAGACACUGGACGCCACUCCAUGGCUGGGCAAGGACGAGAGUUUGGCGCAAAGUUUACGGGAACUUUUAUGCAAUCAACAAUUGCAGCAUACUGAGUAUUUGCGACGAAGGAAAUCAUUAAAAAAUCAAAUAUUCCAAUUGAAAAAUUUCGAAGUGGCAACGAUAAGGAGUCAACAACAACAACAUUCACAACAACAACAACUGCAGCAGCAGUCAGCAACUGCAGGCCAAAUGCAAAUGCAGAAAAAUUCAAAUGCAAAGCUACAGCAACAUCAGCAGCAAGAGUGUCAACACCAGCAGCAACAGCAACAACAACAACAAAGUGGCAAUAUCUCGUGGCAUGCCGUGGGAAUUAAUGCCGUGUCUGAUGAGGCUCGGAAAGAUGAUGCUGCUUCGGGUGGUGCUGCUGAUGAAGGCAAAAAAAGUACACACAAGCAUUUUAGAAAUGCCGCACGCAGCAUCAGCGAAUGCGUUGAUGAUGAUGAUGGUGAUGACGAUGAGGAAGAGGAAGACGAAGAUGAAGAUGUGGAACUGUUGGGCGCCGACGAGUGCGAUGACUUUACAACGCUGUCGCAACUAAAUGAACCACAACAGACACUGUCAACGGCAGUGACAUUGCUGACAACAAAAGUCGACGUCGCCGCGACUGAUAAACUGAUUGAUGCAGCCACGGAGCAGGAGAAUGUGAAUGUGGAUGUGGAUGCUGAGGUCCUGCUGCCUAAACCGCAAGCCGUGCAGCAUCAGUCCUCGCUGCAGAAUCUGUUAGCAAGCGAUGACAAAUCACAACAUUUGAGUGACAUCGACAAUGAAUCCUUCAACAGCAUCGAUUUCGAUGCGGAAAUCACAAUUGCUGGUGGGCCCAAUAUUGUUAGCGGGGAAAGGACAGCGGAGUGGGAAACUUCAAACGCGACUAGCGGUGGCAGUGCCGAUUCCACUGCAAUUGGAACAUUCUUCAAUAAUUUAUUGUCGCACUCAAAUGCAGCCUCCGAGUCGGUGAGUAAGCUAUUUCGUCAAUCAAGCGGCGCCAAAUCGACAUCUACAAAGGCAUUACCGGGAGCGGACAAAACGGACGCUACCUCGACAGCCUCAUUGACGCUAUCUCUCAGUUCUUUAGCCAGUAGCAACGUUGGCGCACAAGAGCGUCAGUCUUCGAUAAACGAGACACCGACUCCUCUGGAGGAUUCUUAUUCGGCCACGGCUUCAUACACAGCCUCCACUGCUGUACUUGUGGAUGCUCCCGUAGCAAUUGAGGGAGAGCCACAAGAGCAGCAGGAAGAGGCCCAGAUGCGACGCACCCCAAACGCUAAUCCCUUCCUGGUCGAGAAUUCGCCGCUGAAGCAAACAAUUUCGGGUCAUGCUCUUAUAAGCUUAAAAAUCGGCAGCAUCUUUGAACAGUCCUUGGUUCACUAUACGGCGCGUUUGUUGUCAGCACGAUUUUUGCUUACGGGACAACCUUGCGGCUUGCAACCGGACAGUGUGACGCGCGUGUCCAUCAAGAGUCUAUCGCUGUGCGUGUUGGCCCAAUGUGUGCGGCUAGCCCCGCGCAUUCUCCAGUUGCAGGUGGAGAUUAGUGAGGCGGAGCUUCAACUACUCGAACAGCACACAGCGAGUGAUGUAGACAGUGCGCAGGCGUCGAGUGCUGGCGGCAGUCCAUGCAACAGCGACAAUUCACAGUUGGGUGCCGACUAUGAGCAACUCGAGGCGACGGCGAUGACAACUGCGAUAGGUGCUUCAUUGCUUUUAGAAGAAGAGCAAAAUGAAAUGCUCCUAGACAUCAAGGACGAUCAUUUUGGUGCCAGUACCUGCCAGUAUUUGCAACAGCCGCCGCUGAGCCGUAGUGCCGAUGCAGCGCUGCUACAGCAACAAUUGGACGCUGGUCGCGCCUUGAAGGGACAGAAGAGCAAAGUAGCGACAGCCCCACUUUCCAAAUCAGAAAUAAUUGGCUCCAAUUAUCGCGUAACUGUUGCCACUGAGGAUGCACCUCCCUUAGGGUCCCCACCACGUCCACCCAAGCGCACGAAAUCGAUCAGGAAAUCGAACACUGCAUUCGCAACGACCACACCAUCCCCUACAAAUGCGGACAUAAGUCAGGCAUUAGCCGAUGUGCUGCUCUACUACGCCCACAGCGAUCCGAUUUUGCGUGGUGGCGUACAACAAAUUGUGGGAAACUUUGUGCAAGCGAGCGCAGCGGGAUUGGCUUGGCCAUUGAAGCGCAACCUUUGUUUACAGCAUCUGUUGGCCAUAUUGCUGAAGGGCUUUGAGGACGACAUACACACAGUGGUCAUACAAGCGUUGAAUGCAUUCGAUAAGAUAUUUCCGCAUGUGGUGUCCAAAUAUUUGACAGGGCCGCCAUGUCAUUAUCAUGCUCAUCAGCAACAGCAGAAGCAGCAGCAGCGGCAGGCAAGUGCGCAACAAAAGCGUCCGGCUGUAGAUGCAACAGCUCCAGCACAAACAUUUGGCAAACAAACUUUUGCAAAGGGCCAGGAUAAUGCCUUAAGCAGUCAGCAGCAUCAGCAGCAUCAGCAUCAGGAACGGCAACAGCAAACGGAGCAUCUUGCUCAACAAAGGGGCUCUAACGAUGGCAUCUUGGGGCAAGACGGUGAGGCAGCAUCUUUGAAUAUGACAACAACAGCAACAUUGGAUGCAGCUGAACCAGCGGCAAGCAGGACAAAUGCAUUGUGGGCCACAGAUAAUGAUGAGCUGGUAACUGCGCUUUUGAAUGAUUUUCAAUUGCAAUCGAAUUGCAAGAGCCACCAGCACCACCAACACCACCACCACUACACCGAAAGCUCUAGUAAUGAGGCAGCUCCCUUCUGUGUGUUUGCCAUCUCACCGAAAUUGCUCUUGAAUAAACUUCGACUCUGUCAUCACAAUAAAUAUUGGUUGGUCCAAAAUAAAUAUGCCGAAGUUAUUUCGAAUUUAAAUUACGUGCUGCUACGUUCCUACUACGAAAAUGCUGUCUGUGACUUCGACAACAACAACAGCAGCGAGGACAACAAUGAUGGUGUUGUUGAGAGUGCCAACAUUCCUGUGGAGCGACUGCGUCCAUCCUGCAAUUUAAAUGUAGAGGCGCAUGACGAGGACAUUGUCUGCACUUAUGAGGCACAAUUCUUGAGCGAACUUUUACAUUUGUUGGGCGAUGAUGAUGCGCGAGUCCGCGAACAUGCUGCGGCCUGCCUCUGCCGCUUUAUAAUGCAAACAGCGCGCCAGCAGAAGCAACAGCAACAACAACCACACAAUGUUGCACGCAACAAUGCAACUGCGGAGGGAGGCAAUGGCGGUCUUGUCGAUGGCGGCUACAACAUCAACGCUGAAACUCAACAAACUAAUUUCAAUUUGCUUUGGGAUUUUUUCGACUAUCGCAUAUUUGGCAGCAUGUCCAUGACGUUGCGUAAUUUAUUUCGGCCCAGCGCGACGAUAUCGCCGCCCCUGGCCGAUUUGGAUGCAGCGGCAACUACGACAGCAACAGCAAAUGCAGCAUCAACGGGCGAUGCAAUGAUUUCGGCGGCAGCAUCGUCGAUGAUGAUGAUGAUGGGACCAGGAGCCGCAAUGGCGUCGGCCUAUUUCGACGGCAGUGGUGGUGGUUGGGGCAGCUAUGCAGUUGAUGGCCAAGUUUUGCCAUUUCAACGUCAAAUUGCGCACGAGGAAAAAGUUUUGGUCAAAGUUUUGUAUCGUAUGACAAAUAAAUUGAUGGCGCUGAAUGAUAAAAAUGCACAGUUUGGCAUAAUUUACGCUCUGCGGCUUCUGCUCAAACACUUCAAUUUCGUGGACCAUCAUCAGGCCUGGAUUGAAUUCAAUUUCAUAGAAAUUUGCAUAAGUUACGCAUACUACAACAAUGCGACAGCUGCGGAUUUGAAUUGUCAAAACGAUUUGAUUGAUGUGAUGGGCAAAUUAAUAGCAGGCGCCAUAAUAAGUGGCCAUUCACCGCCAUCCAGUCACCUGGAUUUUCUGCUGGGGCACACGCUGAAGGUGCUCAACAUCUACUAUCAUGUGGUCAGCAAUCAGCGUCCGCUGCAACAGAGCGCGACGCGAGGGCACAAGACCAGCGAACUCUUCACACUCAACAGCUCGACGACGCGCGACCUGGCAAUGCUUCAGGCAUUGGGUUACUUUGGCAACGAUUACGUUUACAUGAAACUUUACAACAUUUUAAGAGGUGCUAAUGACAGCUACAAGAUAAGCAUAAAUCACGAAGCGGGCAACUUAUUAAUUUGCCUACUUAAGACCAGCCUCAAUGCGCUCAGCUUGUGUUUGGAAUUGCGUGCGCCAGAAAAUGCUACAACAGCAACAACAUCGACAGCAACUACUACAACAACAACAACAACGGGAGCCACAACAACUGGAACGACAAGUAAAGCAGCGGGCAAUGCUGGAGCGUCCUCAUCGUCGUCGUCGCCUGCGUUGAAAUUAAUUGAAGAAAUACUCCACUAUUUGACCAAGCUCAUAAAUUAUGCGCCCGGCGAGUGCGUUGCAUGUCUGCGGCAACUGUUGAAAUAUUUAUUUGCCCAAAAUUAUGGUAGCAGGCUGCAGCAACGACAACAACAACAACAGCAGCAACAGCAACAACAACUGUCUGGCGACUGUUACAACGCAUUCAUAUGUUCCUAUUUUGCGGCGAAGCGCAGGAGCAGCACAACAAUAAAUUCAGAGGCCGUGACUGUGAGUCCUGUGACCCAAGCGAUGACAACAUGCACAUCAACGCAAAAUCUAAUUGAGGCGCCCAUUCACGUUGCAUUGGGCGCACUGUUUGCACAGGGCCUGCAACUGGCGCACCCGCCAGCCGACGGCAACUGUGUGCGGCUUAUAAAGCUAUUCGAGCCCUUGGUCAUCUACUGUCUGACGCUCUUUUUGAAAUCCAACGCACAGAUACAGGCACCCAUAUUAGAGUUACUCUCGCAGCUGCUGGAACUCAACGUCACUUACAGCAUACUGGACUCCAAAAAUGUAAUAUUUGAACAAAUACUGAACAAUUUGGAUUUAAUUGAAAACGGCAUAGACAGAAAUGCCUAUAUCAUUGUGCCGCCCAUGCUUCAGUUCCUUAUGCAACUGACACACAAGAGCGAUCGUCAACUAAUCACCAUACCCAAGAUCAUAAGCAUCACAAAUAAUUUGCUGGCCAAUGGCGCAGUUCGCGAUGUGGCUCUGCUGGCAUUGAAAACACUCAGCUACGAGCUCUUCUUUAUGCCGUCGCCUGUAGAAGAUACGAAUUUGGAAAGUGUAUCCUGCCCAACUCCCUUAACGGGCGCCAUCACAGCAACAGACACUAUGGAUCUGCAAGUGCAAUUACGCGAGCUAGACACCCAGAAGGAAGUGGUGUUGGGAAUGCUUGAGAAAUUUAUUGAAGCGCGUUCCAGCCAACAGGUGUUGGCAUUGCUACUACUCUACGAGCGUAGCGUGCAACAGUUCCGAGCUUCGACUGCAGUCACGGAUGCAUCCGUGGAGCAGAAGAUGAACUCUCUAAGUAAGCAGGAUGCCGAUGCCAUUUAUGCGAUGCUCUGUCGCACGCUCUGCGCCGGCCAUCUGCGCAUUCAGACUCCCGGCGAUCUGCGGCUGUUGGAAUGCUGCUUUCGGAACAAUGGAAACAAUGUGCUGUCCGACAGCAAGGAAUUUCUGCAAUUGCUGCAGUUGUUCAUCGAACAGGACGUUGGCAACUACGGUGAUUUAGCUCAUGCAACGAUUAUACUGGCAAACGUAAUCCUUAAAACCGAGGAAAUUUAUUUAGUAAAUCACAUAAAACUUUAUUUGAAAAAUAAUCCAACUGCCGAGCUUCGGCUGCAGCAGUCAGCGGCUGUAACGACAGCGGCUGUAACAGCAACAACAACAACACCACCACUGCACUGGCUAGACGCAACCCCAUCGACAUCUUCGGCAGCUGCCGCUGCCAGAGCUGCAGCCGUUGCCGCUGCCACUGCCACCGCGACCACCCACAUUACCACCAUCAGCGAAAUUAACUAUUUCGCAAAAGUUUUGUGCGAGAAGCUCUUGGCUUGCUGUGAUGCGCUCCUCGACCUAGGCCCAACGCCAGCCGCCACCCUUUACUGCUCGCUGGCCGCGCGCUUCGUUAACGCGCUGCAUAAUGUUUGCUGUCGCUCACGGCACAAGGAUGCACUGCAAUCAGUUUUCCGUUUGGUUCUGGCCGAAUCUGAAUUUCUCUGUAAAUACUACAAUUUACUGUUGAUGAGUGCCGACUGUGGUGGUGGUAGUGGAGAGGCGUUGGAUAGCCUCCUCUUAGCCUGUCUGCAACUUUUAUUGGCCAUGCGUAUGCUGGAGCCGCUAGCGCUGCUCGCUCAGGCCGCCCAACUGAGACUCAAGUGGAGCAUGCAGCGCGCGUUGCUGCGUGAAGUUUGCCGGAGCAGUGCGGCACAAGAUUGGAUGCCGCAACAAGUGCGCCGCCUGUGCGCCGACAAGUAUCUGAAUUUCCUAAUUGCUGACCACUUGCAAUUCCUUUGCGAGUUAUGCCAAGUACGGCCAGAGUGCGGCUCAUUAUUGAAGGCGGCGUUGCUGCAGAGCGCGCACCGCCUCAACAAGCACUCGAUACGGGGAGUGCUGCGCUUGUUGUGGCAUCUGGGCCAGCGGGAAAAUCAAGCGGCCGGUGAUGCCGGAGGCGACCCAGCAAGCACGCAGCAAACGCAACAACUGCUUGAGCGUCUGCAUCAGCUCCACGACGGGCAGCGAGAACUGCAGCGACCAAUAGAAAGGCUGGCCCAACGCUUGAGGCUAAAGUGCGCCUUGGCCGAGGCUGAAGAGGUGGCUGAAGAGGCGGACGAUGAGAAGACCAAGAUGGCGGCAACGUCCCGCAUAAUUGAUGAGAGCUGGCUUUUUGCACAGCUAAUUAAGUUCGCCACUCAGCAUAGAGAUGCGGCCCAACAACAACAGCAAUUGAUGCGAAUGCUGCUUGACAUACAGUCGGAAGCGAAGCUGCAGCGGCUAUUUCGAAGCAUGGGCGCGGCCCACGAGGCACGCCUCCUGCGACACGCUCUAGAAGGCUCUGUUGCGUCGAUGCUGGCAGCUUUUCGCCAGAACUGCAUUCAGCAUACACCGCACAUUAACUACAUGCAGCCGCCGCCAUUGGCACGCGUUGCAUGUGCGCUUCUCAUGGCACGUGUCGCCGCCACAUCGCAGCAGGCUGUCGAUGAGAUUGUGCUGCCCAUCACUGAGGAGCAGCUGGAGGAGGCCCGUGCUCUCACUACGUUGGUGGAGUGCACAAGGCGCUUGGAGACCACGGCGCUGAUUUACAUCGAUGCCCGUUUCGUGGAUAAAUUUGUGCGCGAGCAUUUUCUGCGCGAGGAGCAUGUUCCCAAUUUGCUGGCCUACCUCUCCUGGUUAGCGACGCGAGCCACCAGACUGCUUCAAUGGGAGCGUGCCAAGCAGCAAGAUAUUGAGCUUGCACUUCCCGUUCUCCUGGGAUGCAUUGAGAUGCUGUUGCAACACCCACAAAUUUGGCGGGAGCUGAACGUUUGUGAGGGAGGACUGCGUCGCCAGCUACUCGCCAUGUUGUCGAUGGCUGCGCGUCUCAGCCUGCAGCAAACAAUUUUCUAUCAGCGACACAGGCGGCAGGAACCUAUGAUCAAGCAAGAGGAGAGUGCAAUGCAGGCUAUUUUUCUCGCCAAAUUAAUUGAAGCGCAAAUUGAUAUCGAAGCCUUGCAGAGCGGCGAAGUUUUUAAUAAUGGAAGCGAUGCGCCACUUCAAUUUUCUGGCUACGAUAUGGCCGACAUUCAAGUGCCUUUGCUGCUAAUUACUUCUAUUGGCAUUUCGCUGCUCCGCACGCACGAGUUCUAUGCAAUUGCGGUCACACCCCAUGAGGUGAUUCUUCAGCAACAGCGCGAGCAGCAAGUGCGAGCCGUGUAUGAGUCGCCCGUUAAACGUCCGACAGUCGCGCCCACCAACACUAGCAGUGGCAAACUGCCCACGAUACCUGUGGAUAAUCUAAGCGAUGUGGAUGUCCUGCGCAAAUUUGUGAACGCGCUGUUCAUUUUUGGCUUUACCACGCGCCAACAAUUCGAGGAGUACUUCAUGACCUUCCUACUGCUGAUCAAUAAGCAAUAUGAUGAGCACAUGGUCGAUCGACAGGAGCAAUUUCAAAUAAAACAAGUCUGCCUGCAGGCCAUAAUGGAACUUUUAAUGACGUACAAAACUUUUCCCAUUGUGGGCUCCAGUGGCGUUCUAAGCGCCAAUCCUCCACACUUCCAUCACACAACCCGUUGGACGCGCAUCAAUUGUGACAGCAUAAGUCUGAAGAAAUUGCACAAAGUGCAGUUGCUCAUUGCCGGCCCAAAUGUGUUCUACCAACCGAAUCUGGAGCGGCAGUUGAUGCAGGAUAAUGUGAUUGGCACACGCAACUUUGCGGCAAAUCAAUACGAUUUGAAUUUCUGCUGGGCCCUAAUGGAUGUACAAGCGCUGCCAGCGCCGUCCACCCCCAAUGCUAGCGAGGAUGCGGAUCGAGAGCUGGGCAGAACAGACUAUCCCUGGAGCAGCGGCAAUGUCCACACAGAUACGGCCAUGCGCAACUAUUACCACUUCACCCAGCUCUCUGGCAUCGACAUACGGAGCACUACUCAACUGGUCUACGAUAUGUUGCAGCAGAUGAUCGAGCAAAAUCACAUCCUGGGGCUGCCGCAUCUGCUAAAAUUCUGUGAAAUUUGCGAGAAUCGUGAUCAAAUCAAAUGGAUUAAGGAACGCGCUUUAAAACUGCAAGAACAAAUACCCAUGGACGAUACCAUAUCGCAUCAGCAUUUAAUCUACUUAUUGUGCCGCACACAGUCGCUGUUGAUACCCAGCCAUGGCGAGUUGCAGCACUUGUGCACACUGAUUGGCAACUUCUAUUUGAAGAGCUCGCAUUGCUUCAUACGCAAUGCGACGCUCUCCGGACUUCUCUGUCUGUUGGAGUGUUGCAGUAAGACGAACACAACAAUUGGCAAGCUGAGCGAGGAGCUGGCAUUGUUGCGCGACUUAAUUGUGGGCUAUAUCAAUCGGCAUGGCAUCAUUGAUGAGAGUCCUUUGCUGUUUAGCGAUACGCAUACAAUGUUGGUCUGGACACUCAAUUACAGUCUGAUCGAAUGGACGUCGAAAUUUGUGCCACAAUGCCACUUGCUCUCCAAUACAAUCAUAGCAGCAAACAAACUCCUAAAAACAACCAACAACGAGGAAAUUUAUUUAUGUGUUUUGCAUGGUCUGGAGCGCAUGGUGGUCAAUAGCGGCAAUGUGGCUGCAACGCCUACCAGCGAGUCAAGCGGAAGUGGCGGCCAUGGCGGCGGCAGUGGAGGUGGAGGCGGAGGCAUCGGCAUUGGCGUUGGCGGUGGUGCCAUGGUGACACCGCAGUUGCGCCAUAAAAUUGAAAAACUUGCGCUCGAAUUGCUGAAAAUGGAAAAUGAGAAAUUUUCAAUUCCAGCGUUGAAAUUGCUUUUGUCCUGCAUGUAUGUGGGAUCGGCCAAGCAGCUGGAGAACACGGAGCUAUCGAACGGCAUCGUUCAGGAUGACCCGGAGAUAAUCGCACAGCAAAACGAUAAAGUCGAUAUACUUUUGCAUUGUAUUAAAUCAUCGACUCGAGAUGCCGCCUGGAUUUAUGGACAAGUGCUGUGCCAAAUUAUACGUGAUUUAGUGCCACCGAAUGAAAUAUUGACGAAGGUCAUAAAGGAGUUUCUGGCUAUAAAUCAGCCGCAUGGCGAUGUUAUUGCCAUGAUUGUGUAUCAGGUGUUUCGGUCUGCCAUCGACUCCUCCUUUCUGCAAAUGCUGCAGGACUGGCUGAUCUGCACCCUGCCCACAUUUCUGGCACAACCUGAGGAGCAAGGUGUCUGGGGUCUGAGCGUCAUCUUUUUAUCCGCUUCCAUAAAUCUGCAUUUGAUUAAACUAUUUCCUUUGCUGCUCGGCAUUGGUGCGGCAGCCACCCCAUCCUCCAUCCUAGCUCCAGCAGCGACGUCAGCAUCAGCAGCGGCGUCGGCAUCGGCCACGGUGUCUGUGUCUGUGUCGGCAGCCCCUCGUAAAUUGGGUCAACACGAAAUUGCAUUGUUCGUGACAGCUGCACAAGAUUUCCAUGCGAAAUUGAGUGGCGAGCAGAAGGUACGCUUUCGCGAAGCCUUCAGGAAUUUCGAGCAGCAUCAGGUUUAUGCCAAGAUGUUGGAGCGCUUGGGAUGAGCCCAAACGAAACCGAACCGAACCUAACCUAACAUAACAGAGAUACAGAGAGCGGUAGAGAGAUGGAGAGGCGCAGCGGUUUUAUUUUAUGGCUCCAGUUGGAGGCAUAGCCAGGAUCGUUCAUGUGUGCAGCGUUCAAUUUAAAGCGGCAGCAAUUUCUCGUUAUUUAUCCCACAUUUAAUUGGAAAUCCAGAAUCGAAACGGAAUCGGCGUUUAGACACAUAGAUGGAGAAAAGGAUACUGAGACGGAGAAGGAGAGGCGGAGCUGGAGCUGGAGAGAUAACUGCAACAUCACCAACUUGCGACAGAGAAACUUGCUCCGGCAAUGGUGGCAAGCGUGAAUAACUAAUUGCCCAACGCUCCAGACAAAGUUCAAGCGGCGGAUGCAAAAUGCAGGGCCGGAUAUGGCAGGACGACGAUGUUGGCUGCACUUUGCCAGCUUGAACGAAAACUUUUUUAAUAGCUCGCGAAUACAAAAUUAAUUUAUGCCUUACAUUAUGUGUAACUAAUAUUUAAAUUAUUGCAAACGAAUGCCCCUCGCACUGCUUUCCAAAAAACUCCUUCAAAAGUUUAACGAGCCCGCAAACGGGUCGCCCGCAAUUAAUCCCUGCGGCCGUUUUCGACAAGACUCGCCCGCACAAGGACAACAACAACUACAGGGACAGGGACAACGGCAACGACAACGUCUCACGGAAAUUAUGUCUUUCUCAAAUUUUCUUUUCAAGUUUUCCAUUAUAGUAUUUAUGAUGCGGUCGCUUGUUAAGCGAUAUACAAAAAUUCGUCUCCAAAUUCGCUUCCCUAAUCAAUGGCUAGCUUAUAUUAAAACAAAACAUGCACUUAACAAUUCCAUUAUGCGAAAUUAACUUUUAUUCUAUAAAUUGAUAUUCCAAUUGUACUCGGUAUCAGAUUAAUUGUAUUAUUCAAAGGCUUUAACAUAUAAUAAAGUUAUUAUUCGGACAACACAA